CGUCUUUUUAAGGCAUCCCGACCAAGUUCGUCUUCAUUACAACGGCCUAAAUCUUCUUCAAGAGGAAAGAGUGCUUCUAGUUCUAAUGGGAAAAAUUCUAGACCACCAUCAGGAAAUUCGAAAACUAAUAUUUUUAGCAAAGAAGAAGAAUAUCUUAAACUAAAUGCAGAGCUUGAGGCAAAAACAGCCAGUUUAAUUAAAGAGGCAGAGGAUGUUUUGCAAGACCAGGAGCAAUUGCUGUCCAAACCGAUCAGUGUUGAUAACUAUGAAGCUGAUAUAAGUGAAAGCUUAACUGAGAACGUGCCUAUUUCCAACAAAGAAGGAAGCAAGCCAAAAGUGAGACCUUCUUCAGCCAAGGAAACUAAGCGACCAUUAUCGUCCAAGACUAGAACACCAAGAAACAAGCCAAAAAGUGCACAUUCCGCAGGUGAAGGCAAAAAUCUGGCAAAAAGCAAGAAGUCUGCUGAUAAUGAUGGAAGCUCUAUUGAAGAUAUAAUGAAGCUAGAAAACCUUCUGGACGAUCGGAUACAAUUUGCUAACACAAUCAGUGUACUGGAGGAUGAAACAGCAGAGGACAGUCAAUAUAGAUCUUCUGUCACUGAAGAUAUAUUACCUGAGGCGAAUGAAGAUUUGAGUUCUGAGGCCGUCACUAGAUUUUUAAAAGCAAAAAUUAGAGUCAUGCAGGAAGAACUGGAUAGAAUAUCCACCGAGUCGAUAUCUAAGGACGAGAAACUUGCUGCAGGUGAACAGAAAACAAAAGAGCUCAAAGACGAGCAGCAAAGAAUUCAAAAAACAAACCAAAGUUUACAAACACAAAGUGAUAAAUACAAAAAACUUUACGAAGAUACGAAACAGAAGUCAGAAGGACUCGAAGCACAGUUAGUUUCAUUGCGAAAGGAGUUGGAUAACGUUCAAAGGGACCAAAAGCAAGCUGCUGUCACGAAAAAUGCUAUUGAAGUCAGGCUGAAUAGAGCUUUAGAAGAAGUUGAGAAGUAUAAAUCAGCAAUGCAGAAAGCGAAAACGUCAUCUAAGGAUAGCAACGAACAGGAGAAACGGCGUACUGAACAAUUGGUAGCAGAAAACAAAAGAUUAGAAAAACAGAAAUCCGAACUAAUGACCGCUUUUAAGAAACAGAUGAAACUCAUUGAUAUUCUCAAACGACAGAAGAUGCAUAUCGAAGCGGCGCGGAUGCUUUCUUUCACAGAAGACGAGUUUGUUAAAGCUCUUGACUGGGGAAAGUGAGCUGCAAGAUGUUACUCUAACACCUUUGACUUUACCUAAUAUAUUUUAGAUUUAUGAAAUAUUGAUUAUAGCGAGUCUAAGAUGGAAGAAAAUAAAUUUUACUUCAUUUUAAAAUACAUGCAGGUGCGCUGGUGCAUGAGUAUUACACUAAACACAAAUUUAGCAAUUAACAACUAAUUGCCAUAAACGAACAAAUAAUCAAGAAUAACUAAGCAUUCGACGCUUCACGUUAGUUUCAUUAAAUCAACUUAAGAGCCCAGCCCGUCCAGGCGGUACUAUUCUAGGAUUGGUCAAUUUUAAAUUAUUAAUUUAAACAGCUUAAGUUAAAAUCUAUUAUCCAUUGUUCACAUCAUAUGUAAGGGAAAUUAAUCUCGACCACAAACGUUUUCAAUCUACUCAAUCUCGUAUUAAAACAUUU